AAAAAGAGGCGAGUGUCGGAUGACGACGAUGACGUUAGCGGUAUCACAGAUUAUGUGGAGAUAGGUCACUGGUCAGAAAAUAAUCUUACUAUUUAUGAGGAUGAGCUAUGGUGGGGAGCUGAUGCGGUUCCAUUCUCGCAGUGUUCAUUAGAGUGUCGAACGGGCUACAGAAAGCAGUUGAUCAAGGUAAAUUUUACUUCUUCUUUCUUAACUUUUCAUUCUGGUGUUGCCCAAAUUUCUGAUAUAUCAUUCCAGGAUGAGCAGUGCUGUUGGGCAUGUAGCAAAUGCGAAGACUAUGAAUAUCUUAUCAAUGAAACGCAUUGUGUGGCUUGUGAUCUUGGCUGGUGGCCAACCGAUGACCGAAAAGGAUGUUACGAUCUAUCAAUCAAUCAUUUGAAACAUAUGAGAUGGCGAUCACUCUACUCCAUUGUUCCAGCCAUCUUUGCUGUUAUUGGGAUUAUAGCGACUCUUUUUGUG